CAAUUUCUACACCCUCAGCCUUCCCUGUCAAGACCGGGCGUUGGUGACAUUCCAAUUCCAACUACAAAUCCGAGGGUCCAACUUUCAUUAAUGUCAGAGUUAUAUAUAGAAUUGCUAACUUUAGUCCAGGAUCCGGUAGUGGGCGAUUGCUCUGUAAUGACGUGAUGCAUGUUGAACAGGCAUAUAUAUAUAUAUAUCGGAGGAAAUACGAGAAACGGUCAAGACCCGAGGUGGGGGAUUGUAUUGUGGACGGUAUGAUCCCGGCUUCUCAUCCGCCGGAUUAGAAAGGAAUGAAUUGAGAACUUGGGAAAAAGACUUCUUUUUCCUCCCUUUCUCGUUCAUUCUCUCUCUCUCUCUCUUUCUCUUCUUUUUGUGCCGCCCCAUUUCCCUUUAGAUAUACCAAAGCUAGGAAGGAAACAGCUCCUCAUAGCUGUUGCUGAGGCCAAAAAAAAAGAAAAGGGAAGGAAAAAGAGAAGUGGAACAACAGGAUCACAUUGCCUUUUUGAUUUCUGGCAAUCUUGGGUCUUUAACUCAUGCUUUACGGGGUCUGAUCUCUUCACUGGUCAGAUUGCCAUCAGCAGAUAAGACCAUAGAAAGAAAAGACACUGAGGUGGAGAGAGACUCUGAUCUCUGAUAUGAUGGGAACGGGAGUUAAAAUCAGGAGAUUUGUGAUCAUGUCGGUGAAGACAUGUUACAGAUCAGUUUGCAAUCAUCCGUUCCUUGUGGGUUUGUUGUGCUUCUCGUUUUUCAUGUACAGAUCAUUUCCAUUCCUGUUUUCGCUUUUGGUGUCUGCAUCCCCUGUUUUGGUCUGCACUGCUGUUCUGCUCGGCACUCUCUUGAGCUUCGGGCAGCCAAAUAUACCCGAGAUCGGAAAGGAAGAGACAAUUACGCACGAUGUUUCUUCUCUUAAAGCUGGUGUAGUGCAAAACGCCACUAUCAUCAACCGCAGUGAGGACUGUGUUGUGGAGAAAUUUGUGGGUAGGGAGAGAGAAGUCGCGGAUAGAGCUGUCCAAGAAGCGGGUAGUCCAGAUGGUAAAACCAGUAUGGUUGAGGAAGAUGAUGGCUUGCUUGAAACUACCCGAUUAAUUGAUGAUAGUUCCCAGGAGAAACAAGGCGAAAAGCAUGUAUGUGAGGAAGCAGCCAAAGGAUUUCAUGAUCUGGAACAGGAGAAUGUUGCUAGUGUUCAUGACGAGAAGUCGGAUGUUGACGGUCAUGAAGAUGGAGGACAUCAGUAUACGUUAAUGGAGGAGGAAGAGUUUCACAAUCUUGAAAGGGAAAAUGGUGGAAUGGCGAGAGAUUCAACCGAUGUGGACGGUCAUGAAGAUGGAGGACAUCAGUAUACGCUAAUUCAGGAGAAAGAGUUCUACAAUCUUGAAAGGGAAAAUGGUGGAAUGGCAAGAGAUUUAACUGAUCCUCAUUUGGAAAGUCCACUGGGGUCCAAAUGGAAAGAACUUGAUGAGGAGGAGGAUGACGAUGACAUGUCUGACGGUUCUGGUUCUGAUCAUUCAGAGAGCUCAUCGCCUGAUGCUUCAAUGGCCGACAUCAUGCCAAUGCUUGAUGAACUUCACCCGCUAUUGGAUGUUGAUGCGCCACAACCAGCUCCCCUGCUGCUCGAUGACUCUGAUGUUGCCUCACAGCAUUCUAGCAAGAGUGAAAAUGGGAUUUUGGAGUCUGACGAGGAUAACAAGAAUGAGGAAGGAGAUGAUGAAAAUGACAUAGGAGAGGAGGAGGAGGAGGAGGAAGAGGAAGAAGAAUCUCAGAGAGGCAAAGAGGAUGAAAGUAAGUCUGCGAUUACUUGGACAGAGGAUGACCAGAAGAAUCUCAUGGAUCUCGGUACUUCAGAGCUGGAAAGGAACCAACGGUUGGAGAAUCUGAUUGCCAGGAGGAGAGCAAGGAAAAACCUAAGAACAAUGACUGAGAAAAAUCUGAUAGACUUUGAUAGUGAUGAUCUUCCCUUUAAUGUGCCUUCUAUUGCAACUAUGAGAAGAAACCCGUUUGAUGGUCCCGAUGAUUCUUCUUAUAAUGUGGGUUUGCCACCCAUCCCUGGGUCUGCACCUUCAAUUAUGUUGACAAGAAGAAAUCCCUUUGACAUUCCCUAUGACCCCAAUGAAGAAAAACCCAAUCUUAAGGGAGAUAGCUUCCAGCAAGAGUUUGAGACAUUUCAUCAGAGGGAUAAUUUCUUCCGUAGGCAUGAGAGUUUCAGUUUGGGACCCUCAAAUUUAGGGGUUCCGAAGCCAGAGAAGCAAGACUCCAUGUGGAGGCCCUUUUUUGUGCCCGAACAGUUUGCUUCAGAGGGAACAAGUUUCCACCUUAUGCAACGACAGACAAGUGAAGUAAGUGUAACUGACUCGAAGGUGAGUUCUGUUCCUGAUACAGAAUCAUUGUCUUCAAAUGCUGAUCAAGAUGACAAGAGGGUGAGUGAACAUGAUUCUUCUCAAGAAAGAGAAGGCAUUUCCAAUGUAGACCAAGCUUCCCUGCUUGUAGAACGUGGAAGCCAAUCUUCUGAAGAUGUAGAUUCUCGCGAUAUUGAAGAUGUUGAGGAGAAUGUCAUUCACCAUGAGGAGAAUGAGAUAACUUUAGGCAAUGUGGAUGGUCAGCACGAACUUGAACUGAGUUUGCCUGAAACUGGAGAACAAACUGAUUCUUUGCAUACAAAUGUGAACGAAACACAACAGAAAGUAGAAGCAGCUGAAGAAGAGUACAGCGGUGGAUCAAGCUCGUCGUUCUUCUCAGAAGUGAAUGAAACGGUUGCUGAUAUGAAACAAGAAGAAUUAGCAACAUCAAUAGAUGAUCUCGGUGAGGAAUCUAGCCUUGCUCAGGGACAUCCAGUCAAACACUUUGAUAUCACCCUCACAGCCAAGGCAGAGGAUGAUAAUCCGCAUAGGGAGCCUGUUUAUGAUUCUAGCCCACCAGCAGUUGAAAAAUACCUGUCUUUCAAGUCUAUUUCAUCUGACGUGAUGGGUGAUGUGUCUGAAAUGACUUCAACUCCAGAAUCGAUAAGGUCAGCCUGUGUUGACAAAGAGUCUGAAGGGCCUGGUGAGAUGCUGAAAGAGGAACCCAACUAUGAAGAGAUGUUUGCAGCUGCUUCACAGGUGCAUGCUGAAAAUGAAGAUGAAUUGAGCUACAUGGAAGUUGCAGAGAAUGCUGAAGAAAACGCCUGCGAAGGUGAACAGCCCAUGAAUGAUGGAUUGGACGGCAAGAGUGAAUCUCUGGUCCCUAGAACCGUGUCUGAACUUAUCUCAACUGGUCCAAGUUUGCCUUCAUGUAGUGAAUCAAUGGGGGAGGACAGGAGACAUGAUCAUGAUUCUCAUAAUGAACACAGUCACCUUGUGUCCUCAAGCUCUGAUGCUGACAGCCCCAACUGGAUCCAACAAAGUGAGGGUGAGAGGCAAGACUCUGAACAGGAAGAAAUCCACUUAUCAUUCAGGGAUGGACCAUCCGAAGCUAUUUUGCCAUUGAAGGAUGACUCUGUGCAUCAUGAACAGCUUCAAGUCAACUCAAGUGCUAGUUCAGAGACCAGUAAUACAUGUGCCCAACAUCUGUCUGAGCACGUGGAUAUGGAAACAUCUCUUAACCAGCAAGUAACUUUUGAUGACUUACAUUCUUCCACACCAGAUGAGGAACCAACUUUUCUGGCAAAUGAGAAUGUUUCUGUUAUCCAUGAAUAUUCUUCUUCCAUAGAACCUGAAAGCAUGAAGGAGCAUUCAUUUGACAAGGAAGACGUUGCGCAGUAUGUAGAAGAUCAAGUUCAGUCAUCAGCAUCCAAUGUAGUGAAAGACGCUGGUGUCUCCCAGGAUUUGGAGGCAAAGGCAGUUUCGCAUGGUUCUACAUGUGAUCUGAUGCCCAGUGAAAACAAGCUGUCAGAAUUGGAGGGACAACACUACUGCGCUCAAACAACUAUUAGUGACCCUAAUGGGGAAGAGGAACUAUCUGUGACAGUGGCAGAGCCUGUUGUAGAAAUAAUCAGCCCUAAUGGCAUAAAUGCCAAGGAUACAUGUGACGUUGAAGAAGACACUUUAACAGAUGCCUCUACCUUGACUCAUGAUUUUGCCUCGAAUCCAGAUGGGACACUUGAAUAUGUAUCGCCAACUGGAGCCGCUGAAUCAAGAAAUGUCAAUGCUCAUGAUACUGAAAUUGGAAGCCAUGGGCUAGUCACAACAUAUUCUGAACAAUUAGCAGAAUCGUUUGAAUCUCAUGUUUCAGGAGAAAGCUUGCAUGAAGAGAUUGAUCAUAUUAAGGAGAUUGAUGAAGAGUUUUUGAGGGAGCUGGAUAAUAUCGGGGACUUCAGAGUCAAAGAGGCUGAUGAUGAUUCUCUUAGUGCCAAGCUUUUGCCAGGGGAAGCCAGUGUGGGAACAUAUGGGAGUGAGUCAACAUACAAAGACGAAGAACCAGGGGAAAGUAGCUUAAAAUUACCCGUUGUUGAAGCUAGAUCUAUUGAAGAUGUUACAAUGACCUUCAGAAAAUUGCAUGAAGGAGAUCUUGUUGAAGCUGUAAAUGAGCAAAGUAUUAGUGAGUCAAAUAUUGAAGAUGAAAAUAAUUCAGAUUCGCUGAUUGAAGAAGCUAAAUCUCUCCAGGAAACCCCCAUUACUGCAGAGCAUAUCUCAGAAGAAAGUGAGGAAGAGCGGCUGAACAUCCACGAGAGUAAACCAGCUGAACCUGAAGCCAACGAAGGAAGUUCCACCAAAAUUGUUGAAUCUGGUGUUUCAGAGACUAAAAGUGUUUCUUUUGAUGAACCGACUGGCUCAGAGGAAAUUGAGAGCAGCCCAAGCCUACCUGUUAUGGAAGUAAGAUCCCUUGACGAUAUUACAAUAGCCUUUAGGCAAUUAAAUGAGGGAGCAAAUGUUGAGGAAGUCAUUGUGCCCAGUUCGAUUGGAGUCCAGGAAGAUGUGGAUGGAUCAGAGCAUGGAGGAGGAAUGAAUUCAGGCCUGCAUGUCGUUGAAGCAAGAUCUCUGGAUGACAUCCGCGUCAUUAUGAACCAAAUCUCAGAAGAUAAUCAAGAAGUCAUGGGCAAGGGCCAGAAUAUGCAUUAUGAAUAUACUGAAGUGAGCUCUACGAAGACAACUGAGUCCCAGUCUGUUGAAUCCAGGGUUCGAGAAACUCAAACGGUCUCUCUGGAUAAAUCUGUGGGAUUGGAUGGAAUAGAGAGCAGCUUAAGCUCCCCAGUUCAUGAAGAAAGAUCUGUUGAUGUCGCAAUGCAAGUUAAGCAAUAUGAAGGAACAGAUGUUGAGGAAGUCGUCCAUCUCCAUUCCACUGGCAAUCAGCAAGGCAUUGACGAAUCAAAAUUAGAUUCAGGCUUGGAAUUUGAAAAGAGCUCAUCUGAUGUUGAUCAUAAUACUCUGAGGCAAAACUCAGGAGAUGUGCAGAAAGGGCUGCCUGAGGACAUCCACUCUGAGGAAAAGUCAACAGUUGCUGAAGCAGUGACUGAAGUUUCUACAGAGACAACCGAGUCCAGCAAGACCCAAUCUGGUGUUCAAGAAACUCCCGCUAUUCAUCUUGAAAAAACAAAAGAUGGUUUUGAUGGUCCAUCAGAUGCUGCUAAUAUGGCGUCAGUCAGUCCAAGAGGUACAUAGGUAAAGCAUGGCAAGCCUAGCUCCAGCUCCAGCUCCAGCUCAAGCUCUAGCUCAAGUGAUUCUGACUAAAGUUGAGGAUUCAGCAAAAGAGGGAUGAAAAGUCUCGUGCUCAUUUGGUUUUGUUCGUGGUUUCCAAGAUGCUCGUUUUUGUUCCCUAGUAUUUUUCUUGCUUCCUGUUAUUAUUAGUGGUAGGUGCAUUCCCGGUCGCUGCCAUAUUGAUUGAUUGCUUACCUCAAGAAAUUUCUUUUUUUGUUUGAUUUCUUGAAAGUUGAGAGUCAGCAGUUUGAGGCUUUUCUGCGUUUUCUUUUCUGGCCUGUAAUUUGAGGCUUUUCUUGAGAGCUUCUUGUUAUGCAUUUGUAAAUUAGUACUUUCUAGAAUCUGCAAAGGACUGCUUGUACAUGUAAUGCUUGCUUACCUGAUUUACUUGAGUAAGAAUUUGAUUGAUUGUGAUUCUUUUA